GCUCACCAAACAGGAAGUGUUAAUCAGGUGACGUCACAUUAAAAUUAAGAAUGGCAGAUUUCGAUGCUUUUGAGAGUUCAGCCCCAGAAGGAGAGUUAGAGGACCCAGCAGCAGGAUUCCUCGCUGAUCAGGACAAGGAAUUAGCAGAACUAGAAGAUGACAACUUCGGUGACGACAGUACAGCACAACCAGUUCAACAACAACAAGAUGAUUUAGGAAUGUUUAAUGAUGCAACUGAUACUCAACAAACAAACUAUGAUUCUUAUGAAAACUUUGAGGAAGCACCACAGACAAAUGGACCAUCUGAUGCAUUUUCUGCUAUAACACAGCAAGAUCAAAUACGGGCAGAACCUGAAAAAAUCAGAAUAUGGCGAGAGGAACAACAAGACAGAUUGGAACAGAAAGACAAAGAAGAGGAACAAAAGAAAAUAGAUAUGAGAGAAAGUGCAAAGAAAGAAUUAGAUGAUUGGUACAAACAUAACGCUGAACAGUUAGAGAAAACUAAAGAAAAUAACCGCCGGGACAACAUGGCAUCAGAAGCAGCCUUCGUGAAAGAACGAGAUGAGACCCAGCCAGGUGGAGAAUGGGAGAAGAUUUGUCGUUUGUGUGAAUUUAAUCCUAAAAAUUCUAAAAAUAUGAAGGAUGUGUCACGUUUCAGAUCAAUUCUCCUGCAGUUGAAACAGACACCACUUGUUAGAUAGACAAACGAUGGAUACAGAUAUUUAUUGACAUUCCAUGAGAAAAAUUGUAAAAGAACAGUACUGGGUACUUCUUUUUUAAAGACAAUAUAAAAUAGUUUCAACAUUUAUUAAUCGCAAAAGACUAAAUAAAUGAGAACAAGGAAAUGCAUGUCGUGUGAAAUACAUGUCGUUAUUAAGAAUUAAGAUGGAAAAUAGGACAUCCUUAAAUGUUGUGCUUUAAAUUUCAAACAUUGUUAUCUCCCUUAGUUAACAUAAUCAAAAUUUAAAUGGACCGUGAUAUAAGUAGGUACUUUUUAUUCAAUUUAAAAGUUAUGUAUUAUGAAAUAUAUAAAAUCGAAUUUUAUAAAAACAAAAAGAUAUAUUUAUCUCCCUUCAUCAUGUUUAUUCAAAUUAAAUCAAGAUAGUUUCUCUUAAAAAUGUAGUUCAAAUUGUUAUAACUACAAUUAUUCAUUGUAUUAUUCAUAUGCAUUAAUUCAUCAGACUACGAAAAGUAUGGCAGUGAUUUAUUCAUAAAUUUAAUUCAGAUUCUUUUUGCAGAACGAAGUAGUACAUUCACUGAUUGUAUGUUGUAAAACUGUAUUUAAUCACAGAUAUAAAUAUAAAAUGAAUGAUUAAAAUAUUGUAAUACUCU